CCCAAAACACUUUUUUUCUUCUGUAGUAAAUAUAAUGAAUAUGGAAUCUGUUAUUCCAGGAAGAUGUGAUUAUGGGAUGUCAAAAACCAGACCACUUGUUGUAGGUCACAGGGGUGCAAGUGCUAAAUACCCUGAAAAUACCGUUUUAUCUAUCGGACAAGCUAUUGCAGAUGGUGCUAAUGCUAUUGAAUUUGAUAUUCACCCAACACUUGAUAACGAGCUUGUUAUAAUGCAUGACCCUUCAUUGGAUCGCACAACCACGGGCAAGGGAAUGAUAUCUGACAGGAAUUAUUUUGGAGACAUUGAAUUUCUCACUACACAAAAAGAACCACGUUGUCCUAUUUCUCGAUUUCAAGAUGUCCUUGACCUUCUUCUCAAAACCGAGAAUUCUCAUGUUUGGGCAGUAAUUGAUAUCAAAAUGCAUAACUCACCUGAAAUUCUUGUGACUUUAAGCAAAAUUCUUAAAUCAUACAAUGAAGAUUUAUCUGUAUUUUCCAAACGAAUUACAUUAGGAAUAUGGCAUCCAAAAUUUAUUUCAUACGCAAAAACUCAUUUACCAGAGAUUCCAAUAGUACAUAUAGGUGUUUCGUUGGAAAUAGCAAGAGAUUAUUUUAGUGAUGCAGAUGGUUAUAAUUUGAAUUAUAUUGCACUAUCUGGAUAUGAAGCUCAAAAUUUUAUUAAAGAAGCUCAUACUAAAGGAAAACCAGUAUUUGUAUGGACUGUUAACAAGGAAGAGCAUGCCAAAAACUGUCAUAAUUGGGGAGUUGAUGCCAUAAUGACUGAUAAACCUAAAUUUUUUGUAGAUUUUUAUUUCGGAUAUAGAUUGUUAUCUAGUUUUGUGGUAAAAUUGAAAUUUCGUAGAUUUGGAGGGUUUUAAUUAUUUAAUUUAUGCGGUCAGUAACUUCAGUAACUUAUUUUAAAAGAUUAUCAAUUAUUUAUUUUAUCGAGUAAUUUUAACAAAUAUCAACCUAAAAUGCAAUAAACUCGUUCAAGUUACGAUAUGACAUAUAAUGAUGUAGUAGUAUGCUAAAAAGUAAAUUGAUCGUAUACUUAAAAAGUCGCGAGCUUAUGCCAAUUUUGGUCAUGCACGUUGUAGAUUGAUAAACUCAUUUCAAUCAAAGUUUUGUUAU